AGUCCAUCUCCCACCUCCCUCAGCGACAAUCGCCUCCCACCAUCACCUCCAGUCCUUUCCCCUCCAUCUUUGGAAACUUCCACAAUGCUCUUAUCACCCAUCAAUUUCAUUGGCGCCGCCGCCAUACUCAGCAGCCUCGCAUCCGCUGCUCCAACUGCAGCGCCAGUCUACCCACCCAAGACAACCUCCCAGAACUUCCAACUGAUCGCCAAUGUAACCGCCAACGACCUCACGCCUUCCAUCCAAAACUAUGUCGUGGCAUCCUACCACACCGGCGCGGGGGAAGCCUACGCUGUUCUGAUGCCCGACUUAUCCAGCGGGCGGAUCUUCUACGUCAACGGCACCGCCAGCGACGUACGCUUCGGAAACUCCAAUAUCCUCUCUGACGAAGGUCUUAACCAAGCAACCCCACCAUUCCCCGCCGGCCUAGCCAUCGAUUCCGCAAACGCAGUGAGCAUCAAUGCCGGAGCCGGGCAACCAGGCAUCGUCCUCACGCAGUUCCCAGACCCGAUCACUGAGCUCGCAGUUGGCGGCGGCGACGGCUUCUAUGCAUGCGAGAGCCAGCUGGUGUACGGGAAUGCGGUACAAUUAUUCUCCAAAGGCUCGGGAGAGACGCCAGAUGGAUGCGCGGAUGUGACGCUGUUGCCACAGUGUAGUGAGGAUAGUGGUGCCGCGCAUCCAUAUGGACAGACGGUGAAUUGCUAUGCGGAUGUGGCCGGCAUCGACUGGUCUGUUUAUAGCUCCGAUUAAGGGAUGAGGGAUGAGGGAGGUGAUGGAAUGGGAUUGAGGUGUAGAUGCAACGGUUGUGUAUAACGGGUUAUGACAUUUACGACGUGAUGGAUUGGAAUCAGCUUUGCACAAUGUAUUAUAUACAUGUAUUAUUAUCUGGUUUGUAGCAUUUGGGGGGGGAGGAUGCGGGUCAUGGAUGGGGUAGUUUGUAUUGCUUGAGCGAGCUUUGC